CUAUGUUGCCCUUUUUAUAUAAGAUCUUGUUGUGGAGCAGUUUUGAUUUAGUUUCAGAUUUUAGAAAUUUCUCUUUUAUAUAAAUAUUUAUUUAAGCGUGUGAUGAUAGUAAACUGAACACGAACCGAAAAAAUAUUAUCAAACCGGAACUGGAACCUGUCAAAUGAUCUAAAUUUUAAUACUCAAAAAACCAUAAUCGAACUCCACCCCAGCCAAAAUAGUUUGGAUAUCCGAAAAUAUCCAAAUCAUAAUUGUAUACUUAAAUAUUUUAAUUAUUUUUAGAUUUAAUAUUCAAAGAAUUUUCAAAAUACCUGAAAAUAUUCAAAAAAUUAUCCAAAAUAGCCAAAAAUAAAUAUCUGAAAAUAAUCAAAACAUCAAAAUAUCUAAAAUACAUACCAUUUUUCCACCCAAAUAUUCUAACUGAAUCGAUUUUCUUAUUAAUUUUAGAUAUUUAGUCAUAUAAUAUUCAAAUUUAUAUGUUAUAUUAGGUUUUAUUAUUUUGAUUUUGAAGAUUUUAAAGUAUAUUUGAAUUUUUAGUUUUAAAAACAAUUUAAACAGGUAUUUUGAACCAAAAUCGAACCUCAAGAAUCAAAACUAAACCUGAACCAAAAUGUGUAAAUAUUUUAAUAAAUUAAAUUUUUACCGCUAGAAACCAAAAUCCGAAUAAAUCCGAAGAAAACCCAAAUGGAUACACAGACGCACAUCCCUAACUCAACUUGAAUUUUUCUUCGAUUAUCAUAGAAAUUGCUUUAAAAUAUUUUAAAGUGCAUUGAUUUUUCAUCAAAUCUCUUAAACUAUAUAAUCAUAAAAUUUACAGAUUUACUAAAUGUUCAUGGUUACAAAAUUCAGGGCCGGCUCAUUGGGGGGACGGUGCGGCCGCUCAGGACUCAAGCCUGUGUCCCCCGUAUAAUAAUAAUUAAAGGGUCUAAUUUUUAUAUAUAUCUAUAUUUUUAUAUAUAAAAAAUUAUAAGUAUAAUAAAUAAAAUUGAAAAGGGUCCAAAAUUAUUUGAUAUGUAUAUAGUUUUAUUUUCAUUGCAAAAUAUACAAAAUAUUACUGAUUAAGUUUUUAAAAAUAUUUUAAACAUUAUAUAUAUAUAAAUUUUUGAGGGAAAAAAAUACUGUUUUCUCUAGAGUCCCUAACAGUGUUGAGCCGGCCCUGACCAAUCUAUAAAUCUUACUGCUGCGAGAAGUAUCACAAACAAUAAACCUCAUAACCUGUUAAAUUUUAAAAAAUGUUCAAGUGAUCAUAUUCAUAGGAUUAAUAUCUGAUUUCCUUUAGAAAUCGAAGGUCUUCAAAUCCUACUAUAUAAAAGGGACUAUUUUGGGGGCUUCCAAGGUGUGCCACAUGGGCAAAAAAAUUCCUGGCCAAUCAAUCUGCCAGCUCAUCUCGGACUGGGCUGAUAUCCAUGUCAAUUACGAAGCCCAAACAAUUUAUUUGAAGCCCAGUCGAUACUGAAGUCAGCUCAAUAUCCAUUUACGAGAAGCCCAGUCGAUACUGAAGUCAACCUAAUAUCCAUUUACGGUAUAUAAUAUCUCCAAAACACACAGCCUCCACCUAACCCUAAUCCAUCUCUCACCGUCGUCGCUUCACUUCCUCUCCCCAAACUUCUCCAGCCUAACGCCUUCGACCACACUGAUGAAACUUCAAUGGUCUGCCAUAAAUCCUCCAUUCAAGAAGAUUAUUGACCCUCCACAUCUCUCCUUUGGGUCGAUGAUGUCUAUCUCUUUGUGUUCUCUUCUUCUCAGCCUAUUUAUACGCCAUUACCCAUCACUCUUUCCUCAGAUCUUAUAAACCAAACUUUAAUCAUGGCCAAAAAACCGCUAUCCUCACCGGCGAAGCUUCUUCUCCUCUCCUCUUCCGACAUGUUUCACCAAGACCAGGAGAUUCCACCAUGCAGUUUAGGCUUAUUCAUUUCUGGGAAGCUCGCAAGAAUGUCAAAGGAGGACCUGGCAUCCUUCUUGGGAUUGAGAUGCUUAUGAUCGAUGAAGAGGGUACUCUGGCUCAGGGGUUCAUCGGUCAGAACCGUCGCGCCCAAUAUGAAAAAGAGCUCAGGCGUGGGAGCAUCUACACACUGACAAACUACUAUGCAUCCAACAGCAAGGUGAUGUACCAUGUUGCUGAUCAGAGGCUGGUAAUUUGCAUCUCACAUGCCUCUGCCCUGAGUAAGGUGGACGGAGACAUUGAAGGCAUUUUGACAGAGCGCUUCAGAAUCCAUUCAUUUUCGGAAUUUGAAGCCAACUGCGAUCUCAGAGGGGAUCUUCACGAUGUUGUUGGCCACCUUAAGCUGGUUGAUGAUCAGCCUCUCCAUCAGCGUCCGGUUUUGUGCACCAAGGAUGACCCAACAUCUCGGAGAGUCAUGGUUCAUUUGCAGCUUAAAGAGUAAGAAUUUGUUUAAAAAUUGCAGAUUUUUUAAAAGCUUUAGUAAUACAAAUUGUUUAAUUAUACAAAAAUAAUAAUAUUACUAAAUGUGGAAUGUUAUAUAUGAAUAUAUAUUUAUUUUAUAGAUGAUGCAUAAGAUAUUACCAACAUUAAAUAAAAUUAUCCGUCUCAUAUUUAUUUUUUUAAUUGUAGAGAUGACAUAUAGCAAAAUGCUCAAAAUGGCCCUCAUACCCUAGAUAUAUAGAAAAUAUAAAAUUUUUGAAAUAUUAAUAUUAAAAUUAAAAAAAGAAAAUUUUGAAAAAGUUCUCAAAACUAACUUAAAAAUUACAAAAAAAAAUUGUGAAACUUUUCCUUUUUUAAUUCAAAAAAAACUUUUUGAAACUAAUUCAAGAAUUUUUAAUUCCACAUUUUUAAUAUUUAUUUUUAAUAGGUAAAAUGACCCAUAACUAUCUCACAUACAAAUAAAUUCUAGAUUUUUGUCCCUAAAAAAAAAUUGUUCCUACAUAUGUUGUUGGCCGCAUAUGCCUCAGCAAAGGAAGUGAUUUAUAUAACCACAUGACAGAUUCAAAAAUCAUCAUUGGAUUGCGUUUAGACAGGUACUAACUUUUUAUUAAAUAAAAAUUGGUUUACAACUAAACAAAAUAUAAUACAAUAAUUAUUUGUAGAUCCAAAUUGGUACGUCUAACUUUAUGGGACAAGGAGGCGUUUAAUUUCAGGGAGUUAAAUCGCAUAUCUACCAGGAAAAACCAAAUUGUAAUCAUCACAAGUAUCAUUCCACGGUUACAUGAAGGUAAUAAACUAAACAUAAAGUUAUCCACAACGAUAUUGAUAUCAUACAACGCUUCCAGAAAAUGAAUAAUUGCUAUCCUAAGCCUCAAAGCAAACUACAUCAGUCAACUUUUUAAAAAUUUACAUUACUGCUUCCUACGUCAAUUAAAUAGGAACACUCAAAUACUAUUUUCUCUUACGAAUAUUGAAUUACUCAACACAAUUUAUUAUUCAAACUUACUUUAGUUUUUUUUAAAUGAUCACCACUUCCAAUGUCUUCGCAUUAUAAAAGAAACAAAACUUAAUUUACACUUUCAUAAACUUCAAAACUCUCAAUUUUAAUUAAACCGUACUUUAAUUAAACAUGUAAUCCGCGCGAAGCGCGGACACGGGCUCUAGUCUUCGUAAUCGUAAUUACUUUUAACACCGUUUCCUUGCAUGAUUUACUAUUUACUAAUUACAAUUUAAAACACUUUUGGAUUGCGUCUCUUGUAGACAAACAAUUUCAGUGUAGACCUUUUUAAGUAUGUUUUUUAUUGGUGUGAAUGUGAGAUAGGCAAACGUUUAAUUAAAAAUAUACACGCGUUUGUAACGUAAAUGAAUUUCAUUUGUUGACAAUUAGCAAAAGUAGUUGUUUUAAGAUCUCAGAUGUAUUUUCUAAUGUUUGAUUCUUCCAAAACGAAAUCAUAACUUAGAUUAUAGAAUUUAUUUUAGGAAUACAUCGAAAAUAAGAUAAAUAAGAGUAUAUAUUACGUUGGAAAUCAGCAACAGACAAAUUUUCUAGUAGUGGUACUAAUCAUGAAAUUGAAAAUUUUCUUAGGUGAAUACUUGAGCGAGGCAUAGGUACAUUCAAUUAUGUCAAAGUAGUUUUGAAUUAGAAGCAUAAUGUCAUAAUUCAGCUUAUUAAUUUAACUAUUCAAGUAUGGUGGUCCUAAUAAGAUACAUUAUUGACUAUAAUAGAGUUCUUCCUAAAACGUGGUGAUAAAAGUUGCUAUUAUUUAGAAAAGACGUGUUAGAGAUCUCUCCUCGUAAACUAGAAUUUUAGAAAGAUAAAUGUUAAAAAAUGUACUUGUUUCAGAUUAAUUUUGAGUUAUAUACACAUGAAAACUUAAUAAUCUGUAAAAAUCGUAUAUUCUACGUACUUUUUAUUCGACUAUUGUUAAGACAACAAACUUUCAUAUAUAAAUAGAAAAGCCUAUAUCAUUUUCCAAAUUAGUGGCUCUUGGUUUCAACUUCUCACUUCUUUGGUUAUGAAAAAGGUCAUAUGUUAAUGUGUCACAUGUUUCUCAAUGCUCAUAAGAUGUCUCUAUAAGAUUGCAGUUGUUAAAUGAUGUGGCUGAGAUAAAUAAUGAAUCUGGAAGGCGGAAACUAAACAAAUACUAAAAGUUAAUGUGUCAAAACGUGUUGGGAUGGCCGGUGGUAGUGCUGCUACCGGCUGCCGCCAUUGCCGCUCAACGUUCGGUUACAUUUUAUUUUCCUAUAUAUUGAUUAAUGAUUAUGGUAUCCAGUGUAACCGGAACUUUUAAUAUAUAAGAAAAUGUUUUCGCUUUAGUUAAAAAAAAAUGUGUUCAUUUUUUUUCCGGGAAUCCAAACAUUAUAAAUAGUGAAUUCCAAUUUGAAUUGAAUCCGCGAAAGUUACGGCCGCAACUUUUUUAUCACAGCUGACUCAUAUAAUACCAAAAAAGAAUGUAUAAUAUAUAACAAAGUUUGCGUGAGGUUGUAAUUUGUAUUUUUCAGCUUGUACUACUGUUUUCACUUGAGCCAUUUUUGCAAGUUCGUGUUAUUAAAUAGUACAGCACCUAAAUUACAUGUCGUUUAUCAAUAGUGCCAAUAUUUGAAACAUGAAUCCAUAUUUCUAUUAAUAAUUACAGAAAAUGUAAGCCGUUAACCAAAAUAGAGGAUGUGGUUCCAAAUAUAUGUAAGCAAACUAUACAUGAUAUUGAAUCAACGCACCAUACUGCUCGUUGCACACAAAAUCAAUCAUAGAGAUGGUGUCCACCCAAAGAAAGCAAGUUUGAUGAUUGAUGAUCAAGUGGCUAUCGUUAUAGCAUAACUGGUCCACACAUAAUA